AUGCCGCCCAAGAAGAAGGAUAAAGACGCCGGCAGCGAGCAGACGCUGACGCGAAUUGCCAUUGUCAGCUCCGACAAGUGCAAGCCCAAGAAAUGCCGUCAGGAGUGCAAGAAGAGCUGUCCAGUUGUCAAAGUUGGCAAGCUCUGUGUUGAGGUGGUCCCCACCAGCAAGAUUGCCUGGAUCUCUGAGGAGCUGUGCAUCGGCUGCGGCAUCUGCGUCAAGAAAUGCCCCUUCGAUGCCAUUAUGAUCAUCAAUCUGCCCAAGGACCUGGAGAAGGAGACCACGCAUCGGUAUGGCGCAAACACCUUCAAGCUGCACAGGCUUCCGGUGCCGCGCCCAGGCCAGGUUUUGGGCCUGGUGGGUUCCAACGGGACGGGCAAGUCCACGGCGCUGAAGAUCUUGGCAGGGAAGCUGAAGCCCAACCUUGGCAAGUUCAACUCGCCCCCCGACUGGGCAGACAUCCUGACCCACUUCCGCGGCUCCGAGCUCCAAAACUAUUUCACUCGUAUCCUUGAGGACGAUGUGAAGGCGAUCAUCAAGCCCCAGUAUGUGGACCACAUCCCCAAGGCGAGGCAGGGGGCUGGGCAGUGGAGCCGCUUGCAUCUGGCAGUGCUGAAGGCCGUGCGCGGCAACGUCGGCGUCGUGCUGGAGGAAAAGGACCAGAGGGGCCAGAAGGAGGCCCUCCUCCGCGACCUCGACCUCGAACAGGUGACGGACCGCAACGUGGAGAACCUGUCUGGCGGCGAGCUGCAGCGCUUUGCGAUUGCGGUGGUGGCUUUGCAGGAGGCGGGCGUGUACAUGAUCGACGAGCCCUCCUCCUACCUGGACGUGCGGCAGCGGCUGAAGGCCGCAGAGGUCAUCCGUGGCCUCCUGGCCUCCGACAAGUAUGUCAUCGUGGUGGAGCACGACCUGAGCGUGCUGGACUACCUCUCCGACUUCAUUUGCUGCCUGUAUGGCAAGCCCGGCGCCUACGGCGUGGUCACGCUCCCCUUCUCCGUGCGAGAGGGAAUCAACAUCUUCCUGGGUGGGUUUGUUCCCACCGAGAACCUGCGCUUCCGGGAGGAGAGCCUCAGCUUCAAGGUCUCCGACACCACCGUGGAUGGGGACGAGGGCGCCAAGCGCUUCCUGUCCUACAAGUACCCCGCCAUGACCAAGACGCAGGGCAACUUCAAGCUCCAUGUUGAGGCUGGGGAGUUCACCGACUCCGAGAUCAUUGUUAUGCUGGGGGAGAACGGGACGGGGAAGACCACCUUCAUCCGGAUGCUGGCCGGCAUGCUCAAGCCCGAUUUGGAUCUGGAUGUGGAGCUCGAUGAGUUUGCGGUGUCGUACAAGCCGCAGAAGAUCAGCCCCAAGUUCCCUGGGACGGUGCGGGAGCUGCUGCACAAGCGCAUCCGGGAGACGUACAUGCACCCCUCCUUCCAGGCGGACGUCAUCAAGCCGCUGCAGAUCGAGGGCCUGUUUGACAACGAGGUGCAGACGCUGUCUGGCGGCGAGCUGCAGCGCGUGGCCAUCACCAUGUGCCUCGGCCAGCCCGCCAAUGUGUACCUGAUUGACGAGCCCUCCGCCUACCUGGACUCCGAGCAGCGCAUCAUCGCCGCCAAGGUCAUCAAGAGGUUCAUCAUGCACAGCAAGAAGACGGCCUUCAUCGUGGAGCACGACUUCAUCAUGGCGGCCUACCUGGCAGACCGGGUGGUGGUCUACGAAGGCCAGCCGUCAGUGGAUGCCACGGCGCGCACGCCGCAGUCGCUGCUGACGGGGAUGAACCUGUUCCUGAAGAACCUGGAGAUCACCUUCCGGCGAGACCCCACCAACUACCGGCCGCGCAUCAACAAGAAGGAGUCGCUCAAGGACCGGGAGCAGAAGUCGGCGGGGACGUUCUACUACCUGGGCGACUGA